AUUGGCAACCCAGUCGCUAUCAAUCAUCUGACUCGUCGACAACUUUCCAUCUAUUAUUUAUUUUGAUAACGAAUCGAUUACAUAGCCGAGAAAAGUGCAAGUGAAAACAUGAAGCUUGAUUCAAAUAAUAAAAUGAUAAAUAGUGAGAACGGCGCCGAGACGCCGGAAGACAUUAUCGACCCGCGCCAGAACGCGGAAGAUAUCAUAGACGAGAUACUGGCAGAGUUCACAGAGUCAAGAUCGCCCCCGGUGAGGAACGGAAGUGGUAUACCAGACAACUUGUUCAACAUGAUACAGCCCCCUCGCACCAGAACGCCAGCGAAUUCAUUGUCUGAGAGCGGCACCAUCGACGAUAUUGAUCCCGCGUCUGACCUCGGAACUUCCAUCAGAAAUAAGUGUUUAGAGCUCGAGGAGAUAUUGCAGAGUCUUAAGUCUCGGUUGAAUCACGUCGUACUCGAUGAAAAUAUAGUGCUCAGUCCAGAAGCUAACUCGCUGGAGGCACAACUCGAACACGAUUUAGACACAGAUUGCCAAGAAGACAUCUCCUUACAAGAAUUCCUCGAGUUGCUACAAUCACAAAACAAAAUAAACCCCACCAGCGUACAAUGAUCGUGCAGAACCAUAAAAAAUUGAGAAUAAGACAAAAUCUACAUGAAUUUAUUGUGUGCAAAUUUAUUAUUAGAUUUUAUUGGAUAUCCAAUUAAAGUUUCAAACAAAG